CAACGACCGUCGCGUUGGUUCCUGUCAUUUAUACAUACAGAAUGAACUGUUUUAGAAAAAUUUUCUCUUCUCUUGGACAGCGGCAGUGGUUUGUGAUGAGUUCGUGAAAAGUUAUGCGUGAAGUGGUUUUUCUAGUCAGCUGAUCCAAAAAUUUUGGAAUAUUUUUUACAAAAAUCGAAUAAAAAUGGAGUGAAUAAAAAUCAAAAUGAAAAAGUUUAUCACAACUAAAAUUAAUAAGCAGCAAUGGAGAGUAACUGUACCCAACAUCAAUUCAAAUUUGUUUCGAAGAAGUGCUUCAAAAGAUGAUAAAUCUGACAAGGAGUCCAAAAGAUCGUCUGGUUUUUAUGAUUUUCAAGAAGCUCAAGAGGAUUUCAAUAAAUUCAGAAGUGUUCAGAACAGCAUAUACCUCGAAUCUUCAACAUCCGUUUCAACGUCUUCAGAAGAAUUUGAGGAUGCGCGAACUAUGUCUGAUAGAAGCAGUAACAAGAACAAAGAGAGUGACACUGACGUAGAGGCAUACCAGGAUAUCGAGAUAACAUCUACGCCCAUCGUGUCAAAAAACAUAGAUGACAACAACAGCCAAUAUGAAUAUGAUGUUCCUAGAAUUAGCUUUAAGUUUUUUGGAGAAAAACCAGAAGAAAACAUUUAUGAAAACGAAGAAUGUACCCGUGAAUUAGUAGAUACUGUGGUUAGUGAAGUAGAAAUCCUUAUAACUUCGGACAACUCUAAAAAUAGUGCUUUAACUAAUCCUUCGGAAAUGGCCUCCAUUAAUGAAGACAGUACAAUUGAUAAAGAAAUUAACGUAAAGGAGGAAGAACAGGAGAAGGACUUUCCUGCAAUUCAUCCAAGCGAGAAGUUUGUUUCUCAAACAGAAAUCUACGUGAAAAGUUUAGAUAGUGUUUCGUUAUCUCCAAUAAAGUCAGCGGGGAGUGAUCCUAAUAUAGCUCUUAGAUCUCAACUUAUAGAAGACGAUUUUUAUCAAGUUCCAAGGCCUUUGAUUAAAGACAACCGACUAUCGCAAUCUCUAAAAGACUUUACCGAAGAACAAGAACUCAGUACUAGUAUAGUGCCAUCGAAUAAUUCUAGUAUUGAACACAUCUCUGCUAGUCAGUUUCUUCCCAAACCAGACAUACAAAGUACUGAGACUAUUAUUGAUUACAAUGUGAAAUCCAAAAGCAAAAUUAUUAAAGUGAAAAAACCAAAUAUACUGAAAAAACGAAGAUGGGAUUCGUUUAGAAACAAAUUCAAUAAUAUAAUGCAAGACCAAGCUUCCAAACAACGCGUAGGAGCGUUCAAUGAUAAAGAAAAACUGACGCUAAAUUUGGAAGAAAUGUACAAGAACUCUAAAAGUAAAUGCAAAAAGCUCGUUGAAAAUACAAGCAAAAUGUUCUAUAAGAAAAAAGCCAAUGAUGAUACCUCUUUAGAAACCGCGACUAGAAACCUAAAAGCGAGUGAUAUUGAGUACAAGUUAAAUCACAGUGUGAACGGUUCUGUUAAAAAUGACAGCUUUGACAGUUCGGACCAAAAAGACGCCGAAAUUAGUUCACCUACUACUACUAAAAUUUCAUAUGACGUCAAUGAUAGUAGUUUUAAUGAUAGUAAAGUGUCCACUGAUGAUAGCAGGAAUGAGGAUCAAAGUAUCGACUUUAGCUCCAUAAAAAAUGCUUUUAUCAAGAGAAUCAUGUCACACGAGGGGCAGAAUGGUUUUGAAGAUUUGCGAAGGUAUGUCAAGCAAGGUGGGGAUUUCUGUAAAGAAUUAUCGCAGAUUUUACAAGAAAGAGCUGAAGCUGAAACCCAAUACGCCAAAAGCCUUUCAAAAUUGAGCACCAAGCUCUCUCGCGCCUGUCGAGAAGGAGUUGGUGGCUUGAACGAAUCGUGGAAAGCUGUAGCUUUAGAACUAGAGACGAAGGCCGAAGCUCACCGGUUACUCGGUGUGGCACUUUUAGAAGAAACUGCCAAACCUUUAAAAAAUCUCACGGAAAGCCAACAGAGGAUAAGGAAACAGUCGGAGUCUUCGGUGGACAAGGCAUCGAAGUUGUUGUCGGACUGGAGAGCUAGUGAGGCAAAAGGUAAAAAACAUAGUCAUUCUUGUGCCAGGGAAAACGAAAAACUGCAAGAUGCUGCCGUUUUGGAUACUACUAAAUACGGAAAACAAACGAUUUCCAAAAGUUCUAGUCUAAUUCAUUUGGCUCAAAUGAAACAACAUUCCACAGAUAAGGAAAACGCAAAAUUGGAAGGUAAAAAACGAAAAGCAGAGGAUGCUGUGAAGAAGUCCGACAUCGAGUAUUAUUCACUUUGCGUGAGAGCUGAGAGAGCAAGACUUGAAUGGGAAUCAGCAGUAUUACGUGGUGCGAGUACCUUCCAGGCACUAGAAGAAGAACGCUUAAAAAACCUAAAAUCUGUGCUUAGCUCUUACUUACAUCAUAUCAGGGAUUUGGGGCCCAGGUUAAUUGAGGCAUCCGAAAGGCUUAAAGGUCCUGUUAAUCAAGCAGACCCUACCAAAGACCUAGUCACGUUCCAGAAUCUCAGGCACAGUUCACAACAAGUUUCGGAGCAAUUACUGCCAGAUUUUUAUUGCGAACAUACCACAUUGGCUAUGAAUCGAGAAAGGCGGAAACAAGCACUUGUGAAAUUACUUCAAUUAAUCAGGCAAGACAUGGAAAGGGAAAGGAAGUCCAAAAUAGGUUUAGAAAAUUUAUCUAAGGCCAUCCAGCAAACGCCCAGCUUUGGAUCCGAAGAUUCCCAACAGAGCGUCAUAGAAAAAUUAUAUCAUAUGAAAUCAAUGUUGACAUAUCUAGAGGCAGCAAAGCACAAGGUCCAGAAUGCCUUAUCGGAAUUGGACAGUCGACCCAGAGCAUCCCAUCCACUUGCUUCACAUAUCACUAUAACUAGAGAUAAAUCAGGGCUACAGCAAAGCGUACUAAAAGUUCCUCAAUGGUUGCGAGACGAAUGGUGUGAAACAGAUAAGAGUCCUGUUAGCCAGAAAUCGACACGGUCGAACCAAUCAGAUAACUCUGACCCCCACAAUAAUGACGUAGAUGAUUCGGAUUGGUUAGUCAGAGGAUCUGCAGAUGGCAAUUCGAAUCAGCCAGAUUCUGACUUUGAUGAAUUUUCGUCACAAUGCAGCAGUACUGGUGACAACUUGUGUAUCGCAGAUGAUCCACCUGUUAAUCCCAUAGCCACCUGCAGAGCCAUUUACGCUUACACCCCCAAUAUGAACGAUGAGCUGCUGAUAAAAGCUGGAGAUAUUAUCACAGUGUACCGUCAACAAGAUGACGGUUGGUGGUUAGGAGAAUGUAAUGGAAGCGUUGGAAUCUUUCCGGCUACCUACGUUGAAUUAUUUCAAGACUGAUAUAUGGUUUUCUUUUUGAACCCCAAGUUUAUCGGGAACCUUUGACGUUUAUUGUGUGAUCGUAAUUUACGUACCUAUAUUAAAAUUUAUUAAAAAGUAUUACUUAAGACUAUGCAAUAACAACUGUGUAAUAAAUGAUCUAUUAGACGAAAUCCAAGGAUUUUUUUAACAUUUCUCGACCGUAAAUAUCGUUUUCAUCCGAGUUGGCACCUAUGACGGUAACCAUUGCAUACUCGUGCUUAUGAAACUACUUUUCUAUGACCUUUUUUGAGGUUUCCGAUUUAAUUAUUCUUUUUUGCCAGCAGUUUUCUAAAAGAAUAUUGGCAAAAAAUAACAAUUUUUUUUCGUUUUUAUGGCUAUUUGAAAUAAUGACCAAAUCACAAUCCUCCUAUUUCUUUUAAAUAAAUCAGUGAAUGAACUUGGACUUCUUUCCUUUCUGGUUCUCAAAAUGUAUCCUUUGCUAUAGAUUUCGUAAUACCUUACUUUUUGUAUAUACUGUAUAAUAUCUCUACAAUAAUAUUAACACGGAUACUCUUACAAAAUAUUUAUGUUAAUUAUGACCCUACUAAAAAAUAUUUUGGUAAAUUUUAAUACAUUUUGAUGAGGUUUUAAUAUAAUUGUAAUUAUAAGUAAUUCAUAUACUCAUCACUUUGAUAUUUUGUAAUAAUGAUUAUUUUUAAAUGUCCG